AUGUCGACAAGCCUCGAGCCCCAGGACACAGCCUUCGACGUGAAGUCGGUCCACGUGGUAGGCUUGCCAAGCCUCGAGUCUAUCGGGGAUGAGCACUUUGCAAGUAUCCGAUCAGAGCGCGCUCGUCUGCCGAGCUGGCAGCGUCCGAAUCAGGACGAAGCCUUCUUCGUCGAGCUGAAGGAUGGCUAUCGCCUUUGUGCCGUCGCCGAUGGCCACGGGGCACAGGGCCAGCGUGCGGCAGCAGCAGUCCGGGACUUCCUCCUUCGCCGACUAGUUGCUUCCCUGCCAGCUACACGGUCGUCGAAUGUCGACGAGCACAGGAUCCGGAUCCACGGCAUGCUUCUGAAGGCCUUAGAGGACGCGAAUCAUGCGCUUUUCUCUGGUGAAGAGGCUGUAGAUGCCAGAGCCAGCGGCGCGACAGCCUGCGUGGUGGUUUACGACAUGAAGAAGAGGUGGUUGUUCACCAGCUGGGUCGGCGACUGCCGCUGUGUGGUCGGUGAAUACGUCGAGGAAGGUGGUGCUUUGACAGAGGGCGGUCGCCGGACCUCUAUCGGAUCCGAGGGCCACUCCAGUGAAGGCAACUCCAGCAAGAGGCGCCGGGGGCGGGGGCUGAACAAGACCACCGUCAGCGGCGUCAGGCUCUCCGAGGACCACACUCUCUCCGAUGCCAACGAACGCGUGCGCAUUGCACAGUUCAGUGCGACUAUUGCCAACGGCCCUCUCGGGCUAGACGAGGUCUACCUCUCCGGGCACAAGUUCCCGGGAGUCCACUGCAGCCGUUGCCUGGGCAAUCUCGUAGCGAAACAGCUUGGAAUCACUGCCCAGCCGGAGGCAGAGCAUGCCAGGAGCUCCACAAGACGAGGGCCUCUGAAAGAUGUCCGGCAGCCUCAACGGUUUGGCCCCGCAGACAUUGUGAAAACUCACCGAAUGCCCAGCCGCCAUGAGCUGCGGCUUGCAUUCUGCUUGGCGCUGUGCUUGCCACUUUCGGUUGCUAUCGACUCGGACUCGCUGUACAUCUUGGGCAGCAGCGAGUCCAACGACUCCGAGCGGAUUUCGAGGGACAAAGGGAUCGACAAGUUUCUGUCGAUGUUCCUUGCGCCAGAGUCCACCACUAGCCUCGUGCUGACAGUAUAUCGCCCCUGGUCUAUGUACCGCACUCACCAGAUGAAGGUGGCACGUGCCCUCAAUGCACAUCGGCGUGCUGAGGCUCCGGCAAUCGCCGUUUACGUCUCUCAACACUGGGAGCCCUCCAACGACCUCCUGCGUGAAUGGCUGCAACGUAACGUACCGGACUGGACCGGGAAAUACUCCACACUGAUGGUGCGUGUGCAAAGUGGGCGGGCCAGCCGUGGCACCACGAACGCCGGCAAUGCCCAAAGCUGUCAACAGGCAUUGCACUGCUUGCUCAGGACGAUUUACGACGAGGAGGAGCACGACUUGCCCCAUGGUGCCAGCGAUGAAGACUGUGCGCCCGCGACACAGACGGUCCACGACGGCAUAUCCUGGCCUUCCGCAUGGAAGUGCCCACCAAGCUCGACAGAGCUUUAG